GCCGCAAACUUUCCGACGCGCCUAAAGCCGUCCUGUACGCUGCACGCUCCGUCGAGCGCGUUACACUCGAGAUAGGUUCCCUUUGACUGCCAGUCUACUGGACGCCUGUUCCCAUAUCGUUCAGCCAUCGGUGCAGACGCCGUCCGUGUUCGUGCUGCCGGCACGCACACGCGUACUUCUUGAUAACCCGUGGCAUCUACAUUGCCGACGGGCAGCCGAUAUAUAAGGGGCCGGGACGUUGAGCCCCAUUCCCCUGGCUUCAACAUGUCCUCAUAUCCGUUCUGGCUAGGAGGUGUAGCCGCCUCCAUGGCCGCGGCAUGCACACACCCUUUGGACCUCACGAAGGUCCGCAUGCAGACCGUUGAAUCGGCACCCGGAGCACACCCCUCCAUGUUGCACGUCUUGCAAAGGACCAUAGCGAAGGACGGCGUACGAAGCCUGUUCACCGGCCUCUCCGCCGCCAUCAUGCGGCAAAUGUCGUAUUCCCUGGUCAGGAUAGGGACUUACGAGAAGGCGAAGCAGAAGCUAUCAGAGAAGGGCAAGCCGUCCUCUGGCAAGCUGCUGGCGGCGGCAGCUGUCUGCGGCGGGCUAGGGGGAAUCGCUGGCAACCCGGCCGAUAUCCUUCUGGUGCGAAUGACUAGCGAUUCCAUCAGACCGCCAGAGAAGCGCUAUGGUUACCCCAACGCGGUCACGGGACUAGUGAGCCUCGUCAGAGAGGAAGGUUUGCGAGGGCUGGUCCGAGGUUUAGAGGCGAACACGAUCAGGGCUAUCCUGAUGAAUGCUUCGCAGGUCGGGUCAUAUGACCUCUUCAAAUCGAGGCUUCUGGGUUCGCAAGUACCGGGCGUCGACUAUCAUUUCCAGGACAAUCUAGUUCUUCACAUGGUGUCCAGUUGUUUAUCUGGUACUGUCGCUACCACUAUUUGCUCCCCUGCCGAUGUCAUGAAGUCGCGCAUAAUGUCUUCGAACGACACGCACAACCCCAUAUUGCUAUUUACCCGGUCUCUACGAGAAGAAGGGCCCAUGUUUCUCUUCAAGGGCUGGACUCCUGCUUUCAUACGUCUCGGCCCACAGACAGUCCUGCUGUUCGUGUUCUUCGAGCAACUGAAGAAGGCCUGGGGUACCGUUCACCCCGCACCUUAAUUCACCCGCUCAUGAUCGAGCGAAUGCUUUGAUCUACUCAGACGCACGUUUCAUUUCGUAGAUCUAGACUGGGACCAGUGAGGAGGUCUGCAUACGUCUAGUAGUCUAGACCCCUAGAUGGUAGACAUGCCCACAUUUCAGGAAUCCGUCCAAUUCCUCAUAUCAUUAUGUGCUCUUUGCUAUUUGUCGCUGUGCAUUAAUCACAUUCUGUUC